AUGAAAAGUCUACUCUUCUCACCUCCAGCCUCCAAAAAAAACCUGACAUCCCAGACUCUAUCCAUCCCCAAUGAGAAUGCCAGCAAGCUGGUUUGUAAAUGUCGACAAACUGAAUGGUACAAACAAAAAGGGCUGGAAGAAGAAGAACAAAUUCAGAGGAUUGACGCUACCAAGCUUCAAAACUUCCUGUGGAACCACAGGGAUCGAGACCCCAUGGAACUGGCAAAACAGAAGACGUACAUGUCUGGGAACAGAAUACAGAGCCCAGGAACUCACAACCCUGGUCUACUCAUGAGAAACACCAGUGCAAUCUCAACUGAGGAGCCAUUCUACAAAACACCAGUUCUCAAAGCUGUCAAGGUCCUCAAAACAAGGGAGGUCAGAGAGACUGCCCAGCCAGGAGGAGCCUUAAGAGACAAAAAGACAAAAUGUAAUGUGGGGUCUUAA